UGUUAUUGAAUGGGCGUGUCUUGCUAGGAUAAUUCAUGGCCGGGAGACACACGGUACACACACAACAUGAUGACAGUGCUGCUCUGCUAUAGUUAGCUGUCAUGUGGAGACCCAACUACGAGGACGAGGGUGCCAAGGCACACACACUGGGAUUCAUUAACGGUGAUAAGAAAGGGUUCAGAUCACCGAGGUCUGGACGAAGCUCAAUAUCAUCUUCAAACGAGGCGUACUCUCGCGGCCACCGGCGGUCCCAGUCCAACACAUCCACCAUUUCAUCAAUGUCUAGAGUCAGCUUCAACUCUGAAACCCUCUAUCCUGUGGCCGACAGAUGUUCUACGCCCACGAACUUCCAGCGUACCCUCUCCACAGCCUCCACCCGCUCUGUGGCUGGCUCCCCGGCUGUUAGUCAUGAGGAGGAGCUGAGGGAAGUCCUCGUGUUAGCAGAGGCAGCACGUAACGAGACUCUCCUCUGUCCCCUGUGUAGGGGGGUGUUCAGGGACCCCUACAUUGCCACCUGUGGGCAUUCCUUUUGUCGCCCCUGCUACUCCAGUCGAGCAGAGGUGUGUCCCCUGGACAACAAUCAGCUCUCCAUGGUGGUCAGGAACUUAGCCAUAGCUGACCAGGUGGGGGAGCUGUUGAUCCACUGUCGCUAUGGUUGCAAGCCCUCCCAGGAGAUACCGGGAGGCUAUGAGGUGGACACUUCAGGUUGUCCCAUGUUGAUCAAGCUGAGUGUCCGUAGUGACCAUGAGAAGGACUGCCAGUACGCCCCUGUUGGCUGUCCCAAUAGCUCCAAGUGUCCCCUCCUGCUCAAGAAGGACCUCCCUGAUCACCUCAAGCAAUGUGGCAAUGUGCGAUGUCCACAUCUCAAAUACACUUGCUUGUUUGAGGGUACACGUGAGGAUAUGACUGAGCACCUGGAGAACAGCUGCAAGUACGAGGGGCUCAAGGGUUUCCUCGGCCGCACAGAGGAUCAGAUAUCAGAUCUCACUGACGAACUGAAACGGAAAGAUGAAGAAAUCAUGUUUCUGCGAUCAAUGCUGGCUAACCUUUCAGAAAAAGUGGAGCAUCUCGAGAAAUCUUCAGAGAAACAACUAGAGUUGCUUGAUGAUAGACAGAUCAAGCUGCAAAGAGAAGUAGUAGACGCAAGGCAUGGGGUCAACUUUGUCAUGAAUGAGCUGCAGCAUGUACAAGUACAACUGGGCGUGGCAGGAACUAUGGACUCUCACCAUUUGUUUAAAUGCAAGGGCACUUUUGUGGGACACGCUGGUCCUGUGUGGGCGUUAUGUGUGUCUGGUGACAAGCUGUUCAGUGCGUCCUCAGAUAACACCAUCAAGGUGUGGGACACUACAAGUUUCAAGUGCCUCAACACUCUGACUGGUCAUGAUGGAAUAGUACUUGCACUCUGCACUUUGGGUGAGAAGUUUCUGUACAGUGGUUCAGUUGACCACAGUGUCAAGAAGUGGGACAUGGAGACACUGGAGGUGAUUGCCACAAUCCCUGCCCACGAGAACCCUGUCAGUUCCCUCACUCUCAACGGAUCACGCCUCUACUCUGGAUCACUCAAGAGCAUCAAUGUGUGGGACAUUGAGAGCAACAAGCUGGUGAGAGCAUUACCCACCCAGAACCACUGGGUGAGAGCUCUGGUGACCUAUGAGAAGUACCUCUACUCAGGCUCCUAUCAGGCAGUCAAGAUAUGGACACUGGAGACUUUUGAGUGUGUCCGAGUGCUCCAGUGUCAAGGAGGGGGCAGUGUGUACUCUCUGGCCGUCACUAAUCAACACAUCAUCUGUGGCACCUACGAAAACAAGAUCAACGUAUGGGAUGUUAAGAGUCUAGAGUCUGUGGCUGAGCUUACUGGCCAUGUAGGUAUCAUCUAUUCCCUCCAAGUCAUAGAGGGACCCACUCCCGGCGGUACCAGACUGUUCAGCGCCUGCUAUGACAAGACCCUCAGAGUAUGGAACAUGGAGCACAUGACUUGUGCCCAGACUCUGAUCAGACAUGACAGUAGCGUCACGUGUCUGGCUAUACAGAGAGGACGCCUCUUCUCCGGCUCUGUGGACAGCACCAUCAAGGUGUGGCAGUAAAGACCACACCCCCAGUGGAAGAAUCCCUUCAAGUGCCCUAACAUGAACUCUUUUAUUAUUAUAUAGCUCUCAAUGCAUUCAUUUCACCUUCAUAAAUUAAUAUCUAUCAAAUAA